UUUCUUAAUUUGGUAAGAAAAAACGAGAACGUACGUUGAUAUCAGUCAUGCCAGACAAACUUUCAAAGGCACGAAAAUUAUAUGCUUGUUUAGAAAAAGUUGCUGAUUCAAAGGACGACGAUCAGACAUAUGACAUCGUUAAGAAAAAAUUCAAACGCUUUUUCAAAAAGAAAAUCUCAGACGUCCUUUUCCAAACGCCUCUGCUUCAUGGUCAUAUAACGGAUGCUGACAGAGAAAAGAAGUCAACCGAAGAACCAAAAGAAGAUGUGCCUAUUAAUGGAGAAUCAGUGCUGCUUCGCGCUUUAUUGAUACCUACCAUUUCUUGUAGUGAAAAAUUUACUUCUGUUGAUUACAUUAUUAACAAGCUUAUAGAUCAUGUCCCAGAAAUGAUUCUUCAUAACAACAAGUAUACGAACGAAAUAACUGGUAAAGUGUACAGUAGUAUUACUCCGCUGCACGUCGCAAUUUUGAAAGAAGACUCAAAGCUGCUUUACAGAGCAGGUCAUAUGUUAACAAAAAAAGGAGACAAACUUGAACAUGUUAUUGAUAAAAUAAAUGGCAUCGACGCAAAUGAGGAAAAAUAUCAGAAUACGCUUAUGAUGGCGGGAACCCCUCUUGGAGUAGCAACACUUACAUGCAAUGUAGAAAUUUUUUGUCUAAUACUGUCGCAUUUUCAUUCGGAAUUGACAGUUGUAAAUGAAAAAGGAGACAAUGUCGUUCAUUCUUUGAUUAAAUGCACACAUCGUAACCCAGAUCCGUUGUACAAAGAGAAAUCUAAAUCUAUGUUAAAUUUUAUUUUGAACAUGAAAUGGAGGGAGUGUAUAAAAGGAAAACCUGGUGCUGCAAGGGAAGAAACACGUCUUUUACUUAUGAUGAAAAACGAAGAAAAACUCACACCUCUGCAGUUGGCUGCCAAACGAGAGCAGAAUGAGCUGUUCGAAAUAAUCCUACAACAUGAGGUUUACUGCCUGAAAGACUCAGUCGAUUGUACACAUAAUGUUAAAUAUGACAUCACAGAAAUUGAAACUCUCGCUUUAGAGGCUGAAGACAGCAAUGACAAACACGAACAUUUGCAAACCGGCCGUCAUGAGUCUAUUCUUGAGUACGUUGCGCUGCAGGACACAGAAUCCGCUUUUAGAUUUGCCGACUUUCUACCAGUCAGGAAAGUUAUCAGAGCAAAAUGGCAAUAUUACAGAUAUCUGUUUUACGGAUGGUUUGCCUUUCAUUUAGUUUUCAUUAGUCUUUUAACGGUUGUAGCGUUAAGAAGGUCAGAACUGGUUUCAGCACCAGACAAUAGCGCAAACCAAACUCUACGACAGACAAAGCUAUUUUUAGAUAUAUCGUGAAUGAAGACAUGUUUGUAACUACUGUUGGAGCAUUUGGCGUGUUUCUUGGGUGUGUAUUUAUCAUUUGGAUGCUAGUCCGUUUUAUAGCUAUCCGCAGGUUUGAGGCAAAAGCUUCACCAAAGGUGCUCAGGAACUUUCUAAUACGUUGGGCAAUGCCGUAUUCAAAUUUAGCUUUCGAAUUUUACUUCUUCUUACUUUCCAUUUGUCUUAUUUUGGAUUUUUCAUUAGCCUC